AUGGAUAUGGUAAUUAUAUGUAUGGCACGUCCUGGUCGGCGGACGAGAGAGUUUGAGUGCCGUCAAGAUCUGGUCGAGUCUCGGAACACAAUCUGUGCAAACGUUGACAAGAGCCGCGAAUCGGAAACAGGGAAGCCCAACUUAUAUGAGGUAAAGACGGCAAGGAACAGGUGGAGUUCUUCACGGCUUAGUCUUGCACAUGUACAAGUGGUAGACGCCCGGGCCAUGACGAAGGGGUAG